AUGGCGGAAUCUUACGAGACACGCAACAAUGGAGUCAGAUAUCACAAUUCCAGAAUAUCAUCAUCGUCAUCAUCGACAUCAUCAACAACAUCGUUAUCAUCGCCAUUGCUGGAUUUGAGAGUGUUCUAUGUGAGAAUCAGCAAUUUCAAAGUGGACGAUUCAACACCUGAAGUCCUCACAAUCACUCACACACCUCUGGAUCCAGAUUCUCUCCUGGAGAUAAACGGUGUGCGAAUGAGCAUUUACUCUGAAGGAGUCGCUACUUCUCAGCUAAGGAAAGAUCGUGUUGAUAAGAAAUCUGAAGUAGCUACCUUCAUCAGCACAGACAACAUCAGAUUAUCAGGUAGUGUGAAGUUCGAGGUCUAUGACAGAGACGACCUUGUUCUGUCUGGAACGAUUGAGAUGUCUGGUAGCAAUGGCUUCACCUCCGGUGGUGAGUCUAAGCAUAGCGUGAAGCGUUGGAGUAUGAACUGUGAAGCUGAGAUCACUGCUGGUUCUGGUUUCUUGAAGGAGAAGCAUAUUGGUUGCUCGGAGUUAUCAUCAUCAUCAUCAUCUCCGUUGCCGAGUAUUGAAGUCUAUGUCACUGGUUGCUUCUCUGGAACACCUAUUAUCUUGACCAAGACGCUACAGCUUGGUUUUAGGAAGAAGCAGAGUAGAGGGAAUGCGUUGGAUUCGAUUCCCGAGUAUGAAACCGGUGAGCCUCUUAAAGGAGACUCAUCUGAGCUUGAUUUUCAGGUAACAGAAUACGGAAGAUACAAACAAGACUAUGAUGGAGAAUACGGCGACAUGUAUAUGAGAAGAGAGUAUGCAGAUGGUGAAGAUGGAGAGAUGUCAUGGUUCAACGCCGGUGUGAGGGUUGGAGUGGGAAUUGGUCUCGGUGUCUGUGUAGGUCUUGGCAUUGGGGUUGGCCUUUUGGUUCGUACUUAUCAAUCCACCACUAGGAACUUCAGAAGAAGACUUAUCUAG